AUGGCGGGAGAGUCCACGAGGCGCAAUCAGAACUUUUAUUGCCAAUACCACCAGAACCAUGGGCAUACCACGAAGAACUGCAGGAACCUCUGGAACUAUUUGGACCAGCUGGUCCGAGAAGGAAAGCUGAAACACCUUCUGCAUCAUCCCAGUAGUCACCAAGGCCAAACCCAUCAGGAACCCCAGAGAGAUACUGCCCUAAGGCCACCCGUAGGAACGAUAAAUGUAAUCUUGGCCACACCAGGAAAGACAGGCACGUGCCCUUCACGAGUGUUAUCUGUGGCUCGGCGGCCUACCAAGGAGUCCCAGCCAGAGUCGAAGAGGGCCAGAAUGAAUUUUCAUCCAAUCUUGAGUUUUUCAGAAGAAGAAAAGAUUGGAACCACCCAGCCCCACGACAAUGCGUUGUUGAUCACUCUUAAAAUCGGGGACUACGAUGUGAAAAGAGUGAUGGUGGAUGGUGGCAGUGGGGCCGAGGUCAUGUACCCUAACCUCUACAAGGGGAAUUGGAAGAUCUGA